AUGGAGCAGCUAGCCCAGACUGACCGGCUUGCAAACUACGAGAUCCCAGGAGGCGGGCAUGGAGGGCCGAACACGCCUGCCAUUACAGACGGACCGGUACUUAAACGCGGGGCCAGACUUGUUCCGGUGCCUGGGGAAAACAAAGGGAACAGUGAUGGUCCAGGCUUCGAGUAUGCCGAACACUGUUACAUGGGAGACGCCAUUGCCCUGACUCUUUCCGACGGGCGCACUGUGACAGCCAGAGACCACCCCUUCACCCUGGAAAAUGAGCUGAGCGUUACCUACGGCCAAAUUAACGCUCUCGCGGGUGAUUUCUACGGCACCUCCGACCCCAUUAGCGAUGGUUCUGACGACAACAGUCAACGCGACCGCUUUACCAGGGCCUACAUGGCUCUCGCUGGAAAAGAUUCACGACAGCCCAAAGAGGCGGUUGAAAUUCUCCGUAUCCUGCAGGAAGAGGUUGACGCCGUCAAUGAUGCCCUUGCUAAGCAUCAAGAUCCGUCGGUGGCUUACAAUAGCCUCCCCGAUGAGACCGGGACUUUCGACCGUCUCACUAGUUCCCGCUCCGAAACACCCAAAUAUACCGACCUUGCCAGGAUAAACUGGGAUCACUUUGGCGCAGAUGCCCGGACUGCGUAUAACGCGGGCCACUCGGCAGCCAUCGACGUGGCUGUCCGCGGGGAACUUGAAACGGCUUACACUAUGAAUGCUUUCGCCGACCACUACUUGGAGGAUUCAUUCUCGGCAGGCCAUCUCCGCGUUCCACGUCGGUAUCUCCACUCGAGCGACUAUGUCUCGUUUGCUGAUUUGUGCACUAAGCUAAUGCACGACGAGGACAAUGCCAUCGGCCUCACCGUCAGGAACCCAGCGGGCGAGACCUGGACGGCCUACGGCGACAAGCGGGGCUUGGACCUGGCCAACGACGAGAACAGCAAGCGCUGCUCGAGAGCCCUGCAGGUAUCCGUCGAUGAGAUCUACAACGCGUGGAAGACCAAGACGACGCCUAGCAAGGCCAGCUACGGAGCGUGGACACACGCGCCGACGCUCGAGUCCGCUCUGGGACCGCAGACCCUGGCGCCGCUUUUUCAGGGCGAGAAACGGCGCGCUGUUAUUAAGAAUCGCCGUGCCUGGGCCUUCACCAGCAACUGGAGCUUCAUGGGCACAUUUAUCGAGUGCUACUGGUGGAGCGGCUGGUGGAAGUACCCAAUCACAAUGGACGGACCGCACCAUACUCAGCAUGGCAGCGACAUUGCCGCCACUGCCACUGACCCGACGAAGUGCAAGAUCUACUGCCAGGACACUAGCGGUGUGAUACGUGAGUACACUUUUGACGCGGAUUGGAAGGAGACAGAGACGACGAUUUUCAGCGCGAAGUUGGGCACCCCUUUGGCUGUCGUCGGCUGGGAUUCGGGCAACGAGGUCCGCGCCUACUGUGUCUCAAACGACGGAUACCUCGGCGAAUGGUGUUAUUCGUCUCGAGAAAGCAGCUGGUACGCCGGCUUCCUCACCGGCUCAAAGUUCGGCAUUGACGACUUCGGUGAUGGUACGCGUUCGAGUGCGGGGCUUGCCGCCGUGUCCUGGUCCGACGACACUGGGCGGCAUAUCCGAGUGUACGCUCGAGACCCGGACUCUGGUAAAAUCCAAGAAUACCGCAGCGGCAAUCCCUGGACAAAGGGGUCGACACUUCCAUCCACCGCGACACUGGGAAGCAGGAUUGCCGCGGCAUGCUGGCAGCAGGAUGACGGAAUCCAUAUCCGGGUGCACUACCAAACCUCUUCCGGAACUGUGGAGGAGCACUACUUGGACGGAAGCUGGUCUAUGCGCGAAAACAGCGUCGACGCGUUGCCAUACGACAGUUCGAUCGCCGCCGUCAGGUGGUAAGCCCAACAGUUUGGAAGGGAUUCUUCGGCCGUGGGAUGAGAGAAAGGGAACGAGCUGAGAUUCCAUUACCACCAGGGGGUCGAUCUCAGGAUUUACGAACAGCGCCGCUCGGGGGUAAGACGUGGGUUAGGGGCGACUUUGUUGGCUCUUAAGCUUGUGGGCAUGCUGUGUUUGGAUGACUGGGUGACUACCUAUGGCAGUUGAUUAUUUCUCUAGGUAGUGAAUGUGUUCGUUGGAAGCCC